AUGGGGUUACUCAGCACUCAGGAGGUGAUCAUCACCCAGAGCCUCCUUCAGUCCCUAAACAUGGGAAUCGACCCUCAGAUCAGGGAGGUGAAGACCCAAGAGAUGGAGCAAAUCAAGAUGCUCAAUGACAAGUUUGCUUCCUUCAUCAACAAGGUGCGGUUCCUGGAACAGCAGAACAAGGUCCUGGAGACCAAGUGGAGCCUGCUGCAGGAGCAGGGCUCCGGUUCUAAUACCAACAACAACAACAACCUUGACCCUUUUUUUGAGAACUACAUCAGCAGCCUCAAGGCCUUCCUGGAUGGGCUGCACACGGAGAAGGACAAGCUGCAGGGUGAGCUGAGGAGCAUGGAGGAGCUGGUGGAAGACUUCAAGCAGAGGUAUGAAGAGGAGAUCAACAAGCGCACAGCUGCAGAGAAUGACUUUGUGGUCUUGAAGAAGGAUGUUGAUGCUACCUACAUGACCAAAGUGGAACUUGAGGCCAAGGUGGAGAAUGUGACGGAUGAGAUCAACUUCCUGAAGGCCCUCUAUGAUGCUGCAGACACCAGUGACACGUCUGUGGUCCUGUCCAUGGACAACAACCACUGCCUGGACCUGGACAGCAUCAUUGCCGAGGUCCGUGCACAGUAUGAGGCGAUUGCCCAGAGGAGCAAGGCUGAGGCUGAGGCACUCUACCAGACCAAGUUGGGAGAGCUGCAGACCAUGGCUGGCAGGCAUGGGGAUGACCUGAAGAGCACCAAGAGUGAGAUCUCUGAGCUCAACAGGAUGAUCCAGAAGCUGCGGGCCGAGAUCGAGAGCGUUAAGAAGCAGAACGCCAACCUGCAGAUGGCCAUCGCUGAUGCAGAGCAGCGUGGGGAGCUGGCCCUCAAGGAUGCCAAUGCCAAGCUUCAAGACCUCAAGGCUGCCUUGCAGCAGGCCAAGGAGGACCUGGCCCGGCUGCUCCGGGAGUACCAGGAGCUGAUGAACAUCAAGCUAGCCUUGGACAUUGAGAUUGCCACCUACCGGACCCUCUUGGAGGGGGAGGAAUGCAGGAUGUCUGGAGAGUGCCAGAGUUCCGUUUGCAUCGAGAUGGUGCACAACAGCGGAGGCGGCAGCGGUGGCGCCCUGGGAGGCUGCGCCCAGGGAGGGGGCGCCCUGAAAGGCGGAGCUGGGGCCCGCGGGGGCCUGGGCUCCGGAGGGGGCUCAGUGGUGCGCGGGGGCUUGUCUAGUUCGGGGGCUCCUGCACCAUCACUGGGGGCGGCAGCAACAGCUCCCAUCGCGUCUCGCAAAGCUCCUCCCAAAGUCAGCGGUCGCACCACAAAUUCUGAAGGGGGCGCCCCAGGUGUCCCAAGACCCCAGCCCCCUGCAUCUGUCGGCACACCCUAG